AUGGCUAGUGAUCAAGAAAACUCACAAGAUGCAAAUGCUCCUGUGGAACUGUUAGGGAUGACGUUCAACAUAUUUAUGAUGAAUGAGACCCUAUCUCAAUCGAUAAGCACAGCUGAGGACCAGGAGAACAGGAGCGUACUUAGUAGAGCACUAAAUGUUCCUGAGUAUCCCGGUCGGGUGAGGGGUAAAGGGCAUGGUUGUACUCCAACUUCCUUGUAUAAGAAUCCAAGGAGAAGAAAUCCUAGCAAUCAAGAAGUGAUGGAGACGUUGCAGGCAUUACAAGCGCAAGUUCUUCAAUUGCAAAAGGAUAAUGAGAGAUAUAGGUGUAUGGAAAAGUGCAGUUCACAGUUGAAAGAAACUAGUGAGAAAGCCAGUAUCAAUUGUCAAAAUAAAUUUCCCGAGGGCAUUUCAUCUUGUCAGCUAUACUUAUCGUCACCGACUUAUCGCCUAGUUGGCAAGGGAAAAGUGCACAACACUUCGGGAGAUUUACUUCACCAUAGACCGCUCCCGGAUGGACACCUUAAAGUAUCGGUUGAUGUUGUAUUAGAUAAGGAUGCGUUGCUACCGAUACCUGACAUUGUUUCAGAGACAACAUUGCUGCGAGAUGCAAUAGGAUCAUUUGUUGCAUGGCCCUUGGAUCUCAUUUUCAUUGAUGAUGAGACGCCUACAAAACCCGCAUCUAAGGAUAAAGGGAUUUUGCGGCACAACGAGUCUGUUGCAUCACAAAAAGAGGUAUUUGCUCAAGGGUCACAACAACUGAGCCAGAAAAUUGGUAGUCGACAGAAAAACAAAAGGGAUCUUCCAGUGACUUCUUUGCCAAAAAAGGUGCUUUUGUGCCUCGAUACCAGAUAUCUCUUGAAACACUUGUUGACUCAUCAGAUAUGGCAACAGCUGGUGCUAUUCGCUUACUGGAUAUGGAGGAAGAUAUCUUUGGUUAUUCAUGCACUGAAACAAUCGGAAAAGAAGAUCUGGAACAUAUUUUUCGGCAUCAAGAAUUAGGCGUCGGUGUUAUACACACAUACAUCCGGUUCUUGUAUGACAAUUUCAUGCGCGGGAAUGAUCAAUUGUCAAACAGAUUCCGUUUCGUGUCUUCCUCCCUGGUCAACAAAGCAUUAAUUUGUAGGGAACCGGAUUCAUGUAGAGAGUACUUAGUCAA